UGGUCGCACGGGCACGGUCAUACUUCCCGUCUCUCUCUCUCUCUCUCUCUCUCUCUCUCUCUCUCUCUCUCUCUCUCGGGCCGACGAUAGGUCGAGCGGCGCCGCCGCCCUUGGCUAGUUCUUCCUUCUUCGUCGGGCUGCUCGCGGGCGACGAGCCGGCAGGUCGGCAGGUCACACCUGGAUUCAAUUAAAAGAUGAGGAAGCUCAAGUUCCACGAGCAGAAGCUACUCAAGAAGACAAAUUUCUUGGAGUACAAGAGGGAGGGAGGCCACCGGGAGGCCCUCGUGACGCAGCGCUACCGCCUUGUCGAGAGGGACGAUUACAAGAAGUACAAUGGCAUAUGCUUAAUGGUGCAAAAGCUCGUUAACAUCAUAAAGCAGAUGGACCCAAGAGAUCCUUUCAGAAUAGAAAUGACAGACAUGCUGCUCGAUAAACUAUAUAAUAUGGGUGUAAUUCCAACAAAAAAGAGCCUGUUAAAAUGCGAGAAUCUUUCAGCUAGUGCCUUCUGCAGACGGAGACUGGCAACAGUUAUGGUGAAGCUCAAGUUUGCAGAGCACCUUAAAGAGGCGGUAACAUACAUCGAGCAGGGGCAUGUGCGUGUAGGUCCAGAGACAGUUACCGAUCCAGCCUUCCUUGUGACCAGAAACAUGGAGGACUUCAUCACCUGGGUGGAUUCCUCAAAGAUCAAGAGGAAGGUCAUGGAGUACAAUGACGCAUUGGAUGAUUAUGAUGCCAUGUUUUGAGAGAAUCAUUCCACGGAAAUUUCUUGUCCAUCAUUGUAAUCUUGGCUACGCACAUGUGGCAUUUCCAGAACAAAAAUCCGGAUAUUGUCUGUUGCAGGCUGCUUGCAUUUGCAUUGCAGACGUGAUACAGUCUUGUAGCUGGUUGCUGACGCAUUAUGUCUGAUGAUGUAGCGUGCGAUUGUCUUUUUUUUUUUAUUAAAGGGAGAGUUUUGUGCUACUGCUACGUUGUGCCUUCACGAUGUUCAUUCUGCAGUGCAUUUGUGGUUGA